GGUGCAGGUUUCGGGUCGUGACAAGCUGCGAAACCGCGCCGACAUUAGGCACGUUUAUUGGAUGUGUGCUUGCUGAUGAGCGUCGUCGUCGUUGUCGUCUCGGAGAGUGUGUGAGGAUGGAUCCAUCCUCAGCUGUGAGUGAGUGAGUGAGUGCUGAGAUGCCGCAAGAGAAGGAAUAAUAAAGCCUCGGCAUGGGAAUCCAGAGGUUGUUGUUGUCAACGCUCUUUUCUAACUAGUGGGAUCUCACAUCCGCCGCAUCCCUCUUGUCCACACCUCUUCAUUCCAGUCACUGGACGAAACCAGGGAGCUUGGGAUUGUCUGUUUGGUGUUGUCUACUUUAGCCGAUGUUUUUUCGUGAGUUGCCCAAUUGUGGGUGUCGGUAGCUUUGAUCGAGAUUGUGAGUUCCAGGUCAAGUGAAGACAUUGCGGCGUUGUGUGCAGUGCCCACAAGCGCUACUUUCGCAGACGAGAGUCAAAGGUGGGAUCCGAAUCGGUUGUUCCCGAGAGGAAGACAGAGAAGUCAAGGGUACAAUGCUGUGUUGUCUGAGCAGAAGCUCGGUUACGCGGGUGGCAGUCCUGCUUGUGAUCGUGGUUUGUGGUGGUGGCGGCGUUGCAGCUGGAGCUUCAGAAACUGGUGGGCAACCGGUCAUUUAUUACAAUGACGUUGCCUCCCUUGUGGCCUCCAGACCUGAGCUGUCUAUUUUCAACUCAGCUCUUGGGAAGGCAGAGCUCAAGAAGACGUUGGGCCAAAGAAACAAAUCAUUCACAGUUUUUGCACCAAGUAACAAAGCUGUUGAGAAAGCUCUUAAGAACCGUUGCUUGAUAUGCGUGAAUGAUGAUCUUGAAGCAAAGUUUUGCACCUCUAUCACUGAUCUUCUGUCCUCUGCAAAUCUGCAAACUAUUCUCCUGAAUUCUAUGGUCAAGGGGUUAUUCCGGGCAGAAGACUUAAAUGAUGGAGAGAUGCUUCAUUUCCCUGGCAGCUUAGUGAAGGAGGUACACAAGACUGAAACCAGGACUUACAUUGGUAGUGCUUUCGUGUCUACUGCGGACAUUUUAGCUGGAAAUGGGGUUGUACACAUAGUUGACAACAUGCUGGGCGGCACAGAUUUUCAGAAGGUGAAUGGAUCUGUUGUUUCAAUCAAUGCCACAACAAUUCGUCUCGCCACCCAAGCUAUUGGUGCCGAUUUUUUCGAUGAAGACCAGCUCGAGGAGAUGGCGAUUGGCGUCAAAACACUAAAUAUUCCAGGGUUUAAUGCCAUUAGAGAGUUGGUGGCCACCUCUAAUGGGGGUCUGAGGCAUCAUGUGCCACUCGUGUUUGAUUCAGAUUUUAGCAGAGAAGAGACGAGCAAGCCAGAUGAAAAAUUCAAGUACCCAGCCCUGGAGGAUGUGCAGCGUCCCAAGAGCGAUGAAGACCUCGCUUUCAUGAGUGUGCUUCAACUGGGUUCUUUGAUUAAAUCAAAAAAAGUUACAUCGGUGGAGCUUGUAAAGCUUUACAUUGCACGACUGAAGAAGGUGGAUUAUGUCUUGAAAGCAGUGGUGACCUUUACGGAGGAGCUUGCCCUUGAACAAGCUGUUGCAGCUGAUAGACUACUCACCAAAGGGGUUUAUUUAGGACCAUUGCACGGAAUACCAUAUGGGCUGAAGGACCUCUUUGCUGUUCCUGGCUACAGAACCACAUGGGGUUCUAAUCUUUUCAAGAAUCAAGUAAUCAACAAGGAAAGUUGGGUGUACCAGAAGCUGAAAGCGGCUGGUGCAGUAUUGAUAGCGAAGCUUGCUGCGGGGUCGUUGGCCUGGGAUGAUGUCUGGUUCGGAGGCCAAACAAAGAAUCCAUGGAAUAUUUAUGAAGGCAGCACUGGAUCUUCUGCAGGGCCAGCUGCUAGCACAUGCGCAGGAAACGUUCCUUUUGCAAUUGGGACCGAGACAGUAGGAUCUAUCACGCUUCCAUCUUCUCGCACGGGCAUCACUGGGUUGCGCCCUACAUUCGGGAUGGUGGGAAGGUCGUGGGCUAUGAGCUUAUCGGAGAGCCUGGUACUUGCAUUACUGAACUGUUGUCGUUGUUUAAUUUGUUGUAGAUUUAAUUUCCAAACCCGAGACAUGACAUGUUUAGCCUUGUCUCAAUUGUCACAGGAUAAAGUCGGCCCCCUCUGCCGAUAUGCAGCCGAUUGCGCUUUAGUGCUGGAUGCAAUCAGGGGCAAAGAUCCAAGGGACUGGUCAUCAAAGAAUAUUCAUCUGGAAGACCCGUUCUCUGUUGAUAUCACCAAACUGACGGUGGGGUACCUCCCGGAUGCAGAUAUGGGGGUGGUGAAAGCUUUGGCAGGCCUAAAGGUCAAGAUGGUACCGUUCAAGCUGAACUAUACUGUACCCUCAGCAGAGUUCAUAAUGAACGUUACAAUGGGCGUAGACGUAUUGUCACAUUUCGACAAUUGGCAACGAGCAGGUCUAGAUGUUGGAUACGAGGAUCAGACUGCUUGGCCGGUUGAGCUGCGGCGUGCACGCCUGAUUUCAGCUGUGGACUAUGUUCAAGCACAACGAGCUCGUGGGUUAUUGGCCACGGAAGUGAGGCACGUCAUCGAGAGUCAGAAAGUAGAUGCAUUUAUUGGGAAUUCUACAGAUUGGGAGAGAGUCUGUGUGGGCAAUCUCGUGGGUAUGCCAGUGAUUGUGAUCCCUACUGGCUUUAAGAAGAUCAAUGGUACUCGGCGAUGUACUACUGUCCAAACUGGCAUUUACGCUGCUCCUUAUCAGGAUGGAACGGUAUUAGCUCUGGCAAUGGCCUAUCAGGCGGUUACUAGUCACCAUCUUCAGCGUCCUCCUGUUGACAACCUUGGCCCUGACGAAGACUCCUCUCUCAAACAAUUUUUUUAAUUACAUAUGAUUACUAGUUAUCAGUGGGUUUGAAGUGAACUCUUUCAUUCCUGGUCAUCACUGCAAAUUCAAUGAAAAAACCACUUGAUAGACCACCAUCCUUGAGCUUGACACCACUUUGCUUUUUGCUGUUAUACCAACCAGAAUUCAACUGAGCAAACUGGUAUCUUCUUCCA